CUCCCCCGCCGGCUAACUGCAAAACGAGCACCUUUCCCUCAGCCCACCCCCGCUUCCGUCUUGAGCCUUCACCUGAGGGGCUCUCGGGUCCCCCCUCGCCUCGCCAGCUCAAGAAGAGAAGGUAGCGGUCCAUAGCCGGGCCCGGCGCGGCGCCCCUCUGGAAUCGCCGCCUCCCGUCUUCUUUCGAAAGCUCCGCGCUGCAGCAGCAGGCUCCUCCCUCGGCCGAGGCGCCUUUUCCGCUUCCCGCCACCAGCCCAGGCCGCUGCUGAGGCUAAGGCCGCCCUUCUCUUUCCGCCUCUAGGCCGGGCGGCGGCGGCGGCGGCGGCGCUGCCCUCAGAAACGCGGCCUUCUUCGGCCAUGUCGAGCUACAGCAGGGCCGCGCAGCAAUGGGCCACGUUUGCUCGAGUCUGGUAUCUCUUGGAUGCAAAGAUGCAGCCACCAGGAAAAAUUGCAGAAAUAUGCAAGAUCAUACUUCAAGGGAAACAUAAGCCUGUGUACCAUGCACUAAGUGACAUUGGAGAUCACGCUGUUGUAAUAAAUACAAGGCAUAUUGCUUUUUCUGGCAAUAAAUGGGAACAGAAGGUGUACUCUUCACAUACUGGAUACCCUGGUGGUUUCACUCAAGUAACAGCAGCUCAGCUUCAUAGAAAGGAUCCAACAGCCAUUGUAAAACUGGCUACCUACGGAAUGCUCCCCAAAAACCUUCUCAGAAGAACCAUGAUGCAAAGACUGCAUCUCUUUCCAGAUGAUGUUAUUCCUGAAGAAAUGCGUAAAAAUUUGGUAGAACACCUUCCACAGCCCCGUAAAGUGCCCAGGAGGUUAGAUGAAUACACGCAAGAGGAAAUAGAUGCUUUCCCAAGGAUCUGGACUCCGCCUAUAGAUUUUGAAUGGAAGUAGCAGGGAGAGUCCAAAGGAAUGGGAAGUGGAGCCUCCAUCUCUUCUGAGCGCUGUACCUACUGGCAUCUCAUAGUUCAGUCACGCCUUUAGAAAUUUGCUGUAAAUAGUGGAAAUAUUUUUUUAUAUGUACAUUACUGUUGGCCAAAAUGAAUAAUCUUUGAUAACUGAAACUGAGACUGCAUGCUUAAAAAAAACCUCACCACCUUUAUUUGGUAAGUAGUGACAAUAAAACUACUUCAUAAAACUUUUUGAGAUAUCUGCACAUUUGUCUAUAUACGAAGCUUCUUUGGCCUUUGGGUGAACUUAUUUUGAUGACUUAAUUGCUGCGUGAUGCACAGAAAGGUUGAGCAAAUGUGCUGGGUGUUAAAGUGGCACAUUCCCAUCGAAGUCUACAGUUGACUGGUGAUCUCACACUGAAUUCCAGGCACUGUAUUCCAACAAGGGCCUUCACACAGGCAUUCCUUGCUGGGUUGAGAAGCAAGCACCAAGUAGAUGGUUGGCUCUGUCCACGUCAGCCCCGUGAGCUAGAGGUGGUUAGAACAAAUGCUUUUCUGUCAGGAGGCAAAAUGAGGAGUAUUUGGAUUCAGGAGCCCAUCAGCAAUCUCUAAACAACUAAUAGCACCAACCUUUUAUUGGGUAGGUAGGCGUUUUCAGAUAGCAAAGCCUGUAAUGGAUUAUGAACAGAGAAGUUGACCAAACGUUAAAGAAUUUGCAUUAAAAUGCAGUCUGCUGGGGCAGAAACGCAUCAUCCCAAAUAGGUGGGUGGAUAUUUGAGAUAGACACUUCAGCUGUUCAUCCUGUGUGAAAUGCUUCACGGUUGUUUUUAAUUUUUGUUAGACCAUCUGGGAAAGUCUGUUGACUCUCCUAAGCUUAAAGAGUGACUAGAUUUUGGAGGCAAUUUUGAAACUGUACAUCUGUCUCCUGCUAUUCUUGACAAAGAGAUAAAAUGCUAAAUAAAACACGAUGAAAUCAGUUAAA